CCUCUUUCUCUUCGGUCUGUAAACAGAGUGAUCUCAUCUCUCAUCUGUCUCCGUCUCGCUUUAGAAGAAUUUCCCCAGAAUGUGCGUCGAGCCUUAUUGACAGAAAUGAGCGUAAAACAAAACAUUUCUAUCGUUUCCUCUCGAUCCGGCCCUUUAUUUGACACGAUAAUGAUGAUGACGAUGAGGAAGUGGAGAUCUUUGAGUUAGCCUGGACGCUAGCAUGCUAAUUAGCCUGUAAAGGGGGCAAACAAGCAGCUGCCUGGUACAAACUCUGCUAUAGCUGCUUUAAAGUAUUCUCACGGGGUUUUCUGCGUGAAGAAGAAUGGAAGGAGUGCUUUACAAAUGGACAAACUAUAUGACAGGAUGGCAGCCGAGGUGGUUUGUGUUGGACAACGGCAUUAUUUCAUACUUUGAUUCUCAAGAUGACGUAUGCAAAGGCAGCAAAGGCAGUAUUAAGAUGUCAGUAUGUGAAAUUAAAGUUCAUCCGACUGACAACACGCGACUGGAGCUGAUCAUACCAGGGGAGCAGCAUUUUUAUGUGAAGGCUGUAAAUGCGGCGGAGAGACAGAAGUGGCUGGUGGCUCUUGGGAGCUCGAAAGCUGGACUCAUUGACACUAGAACCAAAAAAGAGAGGGAAUUAACAGAAACCACAGAGUCACUGAAAACCAAGAUGUCUGAGCUGCGUCUGUACUGUGACUUACUGAUGCAGCAGGUGCACACUAUUCAGGAGUCAGUGCAACAGGAAGAGGAGAGUACGGUGGCCAGCACUGAGAAGAAGAACGAGGCAUCCUCAUUACUGAGCGCCACCUGUGAAACUUUCAUCAAAACACUGGAAGAAUGUAUGAAAAUCGCCAAUUCCAAGUUAACGACUGACAUGUUGCAAUCUGGCCCCUCUGAUUCGAUUAUGUCCUCUGUGUUGCCCUCUCCCGUCCAGAUGUCCCGGAUGAAGCGCUCGAUCAGCCAUCCUGGCACCUACAAUUUUGAAAGGUCGAACUUACCAAAAGAGUGUGUGGCACUGCAGAAGACCACCCAAAGGCGCACGCGGACAUGCUCGGAUACAGAGGCUCACAGUGACAGAGGGGCCGAAGAGGUGGAGCGCUUGAUGUUUCACAGAGCCAACAUCAAUGGUGACUCCACUCCAAGUAUCCCUGAGGAGGUUGGAAUGAGCACAAAGUUUCUGUCGGAAACUGACACUCCGGAAUCUGACCUUUCCCUCUGAACCAUACAAUAGAGCUUAUUAGAUGGGGAAAAAAGGAUAGUGCGUACUGCUGUGCAGUUAAAGAUUGCAGCAUUAUAUAGUCCCAUUUUACAACGUGUUGUUGUAUUUCCUGAUGAAGAAUUUGGUUGCACUUUAUUACAGAUGACAGAAAAACAUUAGUCGGAUUUGAAUGUUUAUACUCUUCAAGGAAUUUUGAAAUAUUUGUUAGCAUUGAUGCUACUAUGUUUUUUUGUGAUAAUUAUUGCUGUAUCCCUUCAGUGAAGAGUUGAGAAUGUUUGUACUGGGUUUUUUGACGUGUUGUGCAGUUGCCUUUGUUAAAUGGGAACCUUGAUAAAAAGGUUUUUGUUACAGUGCCAAGCGGUGGUGCGUGCGUGCUGACAUUAACUUUGUUUUUUAUUCACUCGGCAUGCAAUGUUGUUCAUUAGUUUAUGAUGCAAAAUACAUUUAUUUAUUUUUGUAUGUUACUAGAGUCCCCCCACCCCCCUAAAAAAUAGUUUUUGCCUUAAUUCUUCGCAUGGAGAAAUUUGAUCUAUUAAUUAUUGUAAUGUUUAGAACAAAUGAUUAAAAAGUUAUAGCAAGAUAGAGAUACUUUUCUUUUUAUCUCAUAAAAUAUGAAUGCAAAAGAAACAUUUUCACAUAUACACUUUUCUUUUUUUUAUUCAAGACAAAAACAGAUUCCUUGUUGAUAAAUCACAUAAAAUAUUUUUAAUAAUUUCCAGGAAAACCUGGAAAUAUCAGGGAAUUUAAAAAUAUGAUGAAAUUUGUUAAAUCAAUGAAAUAGUCAUGGAAAGGUCUAAAAUGAAUAUAAUUUUUUUGUAGUUAUGCUCUGCUCUAAAGUAUUUAACUGGCUAGAAAUGUCUCUGUGUUGGUGAAAUCUCUAUAAUUAGAUUUUUAAAAACCAUUAUCCGGAAAUCCAAACAACUGACAAAACUUAAAAAUAUGGAAAAUAAUCGGUGUGGGAACCCUGUAAUUAGCGCUUGUGUGUUACAUUAAGUGGGAUUCAAAAGUCCACAUUGAGCCACAUUGAUAAUCUGUGGUUCAAAAUCGAAUUUAAAUCUGGAAAUCGACAACAUUUUAGGAUUCUAAAAAUGUAAUAAAAAGAAAAAAAAGAAUGUUGUGACAUAAAAUAAGAAAUAUUUAAAAUUCUGCACUAUUUCUAGGUGACAAAUCAAAUAAGAAAAUUUGUGACAUGUACCAUAUUAGAGGUAAACCGAUAUAUCAGUAUAUUUUACAGAUUACUCGUGCCAAUAGUUGCUUUUUGGAACUAUUAUUGGCAAAAUUCUAUGGCGAUAGUUGUUGAUAGUUUUUUCAUCAUUUCAAAAUAAGAAUCCCUGGUGUGUUUCAGGCUUGUUUAUGCUAAGAAGUUCUGCGUUAUGCACCAAAUCAUCAUUUUUUCUGGUUAUUAUUGGGAUUUUGGUUGAACAAUAAACUGUAUCUGGGAUUUUAUUCAUUUUGGACUCUUCGUUUUUUGCCCACCAUAGUAAAGGAAGAAUAAAUCAUUUUUUUAACAUUCUAUCAAUCAAUUUUAAGAACCAUCGGCCGAUUAAUCGGUUAUCGGUAUCUGCAAAAUCCAUUAUCGGUCGUUCUCUACACCAUAUUAAUUCAUUUGUACAAAAGGAUGUCAGAUUUCUUCAGAAACAUUCUCAAAUUAGGUUUUGUUCAUGCCAGCUCGAGUGUUUGCGACAUCAUUUUUCAGUUCAACAUUUCACUCAAAUUGUUAAACUUAUAUUAGAAUUUGUAAUGAAACAAAAUAUGUUACAUUUGAAAAAUGCUAAAUAGACAUUUCACCAGACAAUAGAUCCUAGAUGACCACAAAUGAGCACUUCACUACUUAUGAUCUGUAUACAGCAAUCAUAUAUUUAUCUACCUUUGUGUUUGCCAUCUGAUUUCCACAUGGAUACAGUCCACAAUGUGGGAUUAAUUUCUCCAGAGGGAGAUUAUCUUUCCUUGCGGGGUAGACCUACUGUCGGCCAACAGCAGGUGCAAAUGAAGCCUGACUGCACUGGGAGAGCUGGGAAUCAGCACAGAGACGUGCCUUUCCCAGAUGACUAAUCUAUGUCCACAAAGCAGAAAUCCCCAACUGUUUCUCGAAGAAUUGGGAAAAACCGUAAUAACAUGCCACGCAAUACCCUAGAGCAGUGGU